AUGCCAGUACUGGUUCCAUCACUAACUUUCAGUACUUCACCAGUAUUGACUGGUCGGUACUUAGUCAGUACUGGAAUGUCAGUACUUGGCCAGUACCGGAAUGUCAGUACUUGGUCAGUACGAAUGCCAGUACUGGUAAAGCGUUAUCAUCCCAGACAUAUGACAGUGCUGGUGCCAACACUGGCUGCCAGUAGCGCUCCAGUAGUUGCCAGUACUGGCGCUGUAUUGUGCCUGUUGUGA